AUGCCUGAAGAACAACAGCAGUCCUCCUCCACCAUCAAAGCAACAACGCAGCGACUUAUCGCCAAGCAGGACGAUCUCGCUGCUUUCCUGGACAAUUGCGCCAAGGACAUCGAGGGAAUGCAGGAUCCAUCCGCCGUUUUCUUGGAAAGGCAGAUAGAGGAGCUGACUUCGACGUGGAAUAACUUCAAGCUCACCCAUGCUAAGGUACUUGAGGAUCCACAAGCCGCGUCGUGCUCGUAUGUGAUAGAAGCUGACGAGGAAGAGUGCGAGCGUCAUUUCCAGGAGACGCAUCGACGCGACGAUAAAGGACGCUACAUCGUGCGGCUGCCGAUGAAGACCACGCCUCUGCCGGAUCUUCGCAGCUCUGAGAGGACGGCCCAGCAACAGUUGCAGCAAUUAGAACGCCGACUUGCGAAAUCGCCACAAGUCGCAAACGCAUACUCCGCCUUCAUGGACGAGUAUGCGAAUCUUCGGCACAUGGAGGCAGCGAACGACAGCUCGCCGGCAAAUUUCUACUACAUGCCGCACCACGCGGUUAUCCGCGAAGCCAGUGUCACCACGAAAUUACGAGUCGUAUUCAAUGCUUCGCAUAAGGUUGUCUCCGGAAAAUCGUUAAAUGAUUGUCUGCACACAGGGCCAGUACUGCAACGAGAUCUCAGCGCCCUCAUUACGAAGUGGCGCACGCAUCGCUUCGUGUGCACUGCGGACAUUGAAAAAAUGUACCGGCAGAUUCGCAUACACCCGGACGACGCAGACCUGCAGCGAAUCUUAUGGCGAAAAUCGGCACACGAACCCAUCACCAGCUUCCGACUCCUCACGGUGACAUAUGGCACUGCCUGCGCGCCAUACCUCGCGCUCCGGAACCUCCGCCAAUUAGCGGAGGACGAAAGGUCCAACUUCCCGCUGGGAGCCGAGGCCCUCGAAAAGGAUUUUUACGUUGAUGACGUCCUCACCGGGGCCGAUGACCUGGACACUGCGCUAGCCAUCCAAAAACAGCUGAUAGACCUCCUGGUGACUGGAGGUUUUCUGCUGCGCAAGUGGGUAGCAAACCACCCGCAGCUCCUCGAGCAGGUGCCCGUCGAGCUCCGACUGUCGUCAUCCCUCAUCUCACUGGCAGCAGAUGAGCAAGUGAAAACGUUAGGGCUUUUUUGGAAUCCAUCAAGUGAUGCAUUUCAAUUUAAAAUCAGCUUGCUUGCAGCAAGAGCCAACCACCAGCCAACAAAACGCAGCAUUUUAUCCGCAAUAGCUCGGCUGUUUGAUCCGCUCGGUUGGCUUGCACCGGUCAUUAUUACAGCUAAAAUUCUAAUUCAAAGAUUAUGGCUUGCUCAGGUCGACUGGGAUCAAUCCUUACCAUCGAGCGUCGAGACAGAAUGGGUUCGAUAUGAGAAACAGCUUCCAGCCAUCGAACGCAUCUCCAUCCCCCGGUGGACCGGAAAAGGUCAACCUUCCGAGACAAGCGAGAUCCACGGCUUCUGCGACGCGUCCAUGCACGCCUACGCUGCCGCCGUUUACCUCCGGACCGGAGGACCUAAGGAUGUCCAGAUCACCCUUCUCACAGCAAAGACGAAGGUGGCGCCGUUAAAACAGCUGAGCAUCCCCAGAUUGGAGUUAUCGGCAGCGUUUCUACUAACUCGGCUCGUGCGAUCCGUGCGCGCCGCAUUGAACCGCGAGGAAAUACCCAUGUACGCCUGGACCGACUCGAAGGUCGUGCUCGCAUGGCUGAAGGGACAUCCAUCGAGAUGGACGUGUUUCGUCGGGAACCGAGUCUCCGAAAUACAAGGGAGUCUUCCGCAGAUCACCUGGAAGCACGUGCCUUCUGCUCAGAAUCCAGCAGACUGCGCGUCCCGAGGCCUGCAGCCCCAAGAAUUACAAGACUUUUCUCUGUGGUGGAAUGGACCACAAUGGCUCCGCCAACCCUCGUCGAGCUGGCCUCGAGAAGAACCAUCCUCAGCCGAAGACGCUCAACAGGAAGAACGACCGAUCCGGACACACCUGACUCAAACCACUCACCCCUGGGACCUGAUACUCAGGUAUUCAGAUUUGAGAAAAUUAAUUCGCGUCACCGCAUACUGUCGCAGGUUCGUCUACAACGUGAGACAGCCUGCUCCCGAACGAAGAAUUCAUCACCUUACAACAGCAGAGCUGGCUGAGGCUCGCUUAUUUUGGCUGCAACGAGAACAGCAGAGACACUUCGGCGAAGAAAUCCAGGCUCUUCAGCAGGGACAACCCCUGCCUCGCCGCAGUUCACUGUUGACGCUUCACCCAUUUCUCGAUGCAACCAGGACCUUGCGCGUCGGAGGACGCCUACGCAACGCACCGCUCGCGUAUGAAGAGCAGCAUCCAGCGAUUAUACCGAAGAAAUCGCCGCUGGUCUCAUUACUAAUCUCCAAGGCUCACUUAGAUACCCUCUACGGAGGAACUCAGCUAACCCUCAGCCAUCUCCUCAGGAAGUACUGGAUUCUCGGCGGUCGCAGUGCAGUAAGACAUCACCUGCACAGAUGCAUCACCUGCUUCCGUGCAAGGGCUCAACCCAGCUCACAACUCACGGGCGAUCUGCCCAAAUCUCGUGUCGUCCCAGCAAGGCCAUUUCUUCGAGCUGGAGUCGACUACGCUGGCCCAAUCAACCUGAGGCUCGCCAAAGGGCGCGGGCAGAAAACAUACAAGGGUUAUAUUGCCCUAUUCAUUUGCCUGGUCACCAAGGCCAUCCACAUCGAGGUGGUCAGUGAUUACACCUCCCAGGCAUUCAUCGCAGCCUUCAAGAGAUUUACAUACCGACGGGCAUCUGUUCCGAGCUCCUCAGUGACAACGGGACAAAUUUUAAAGGAGCUGAUGCGGAACUUCGAUCGAUGUUCACAGCAUCAAACAACUAUUGGAAGGAUCUCGCGAAACAUCUGGCCAACGAGGGAACACACUGGACUUUCAUCCCCCCAGCGUCCCCCCAUUUCGGGGGACUGUGGGAAGCGGGUCGAAGCUUGCCUCAACUCGAGGCCUCUAUCACCGUUGAGCAGCGAUCCGAACGACCUGGCUGCCCUAACUCCUGGGCACUUUCUAAUCGGCUCAGCAAUGACCACCAUUCCGGAGCCCGGCCUCACCGAGAUCUCAGAGAAUCGACUGUCAAAAUGGCAGUUAACUCAACGCAUGCACGAGGAUUUUUGGCAGCGAUGGUCCACGGAGUAUCUGCAUAACCUUCAACAACGGUAUAAGUGGACAUCCAUCGCUCCCAAUCUGCACGAAGGCAUGCUCGCGCUCAUCAAGGACGAGCGCCUUCCUCCAACACGAUGGGCAUUAGCACGUAUCAUCGCCACUCAUCCUGGCGCAGACGGACUCGUCCGCGUGGUCACGCUACAGACAGCCACCACAACCCUGCGACGACCGAUCGCUAAGGUCUGUCCACUUCCGCUGGAACCCAGUCCAGCGACCGCCAGCGAUGCCACAUCAGCAGCUUAA